CUAGUGUCCAAACCAUAACAUUUCGUUCAUUUUCGCAAAACAAAAACAGAUUAUUUGGAGCUCCGACAACUUGACGAUUUGGUUCCUUGACAAUGGAUGAAAUAUGCAGAGUUUGCAUGGGAACGUCCGGAGAAUUUAGGAACAUUUUUGACGAAAGACCAACAAUGGAUAUGUGCAUUGGUGACAUGAUAUCGCAAUGCACCGGGUACGUGGUUAAGCGAGGGGAUUCGCUACCAGCAAACAUAUGUUCGCCUUGCCUGGAGGAUGCUAUGAGUGCCUUCAAUCUUAAGACCACCUACGAGCAGAGCCAUAAACUCUUUUUCGCGCUGACAGAGGAGGACAAGGAACAAGACGAGGAUUCGCUACAUUCAGAUGACCGAGCUGAGCAAUCGAAACAUCAAGAUGAUAGAAAUAACAGUGAUAAUUGUAAACGAGUCUUCAAAUGCUCCGUCUGUCCAAAAUCCUUUCAAAGAAAAUACCACCUCAGUGAACACAGCCAUAGCCACACUGGGGAGCGACCGUACACGUGUCCACACUGCGCGAAGUCAUUCUCUCAAUCCAGAAUUCUCCGGAAUCACAUCCGUACUCACACAGAUGAGCGAUCAUUCUACUGCGCCCACUGUUCGAAGUCAUUUAAACUGAAAGCCCAGCUCAUCGUACACAGCCGCACUCACACGGGGGAGCGACCGUAUAAGUGUUCUAAAUGCGCGGUGGCGUUUAAACAGCUCUCCCAUCUUAGGUCACACUUACUCUCCCACACAGGAGAAAGACCCUACAAAUGCUCCCACUGCCCAAAAACCUUCUCACAAGUACGCAGUCUUAAUAUGCACAUCCGUACGCACACGGGUGAAAGACCCUACAAAUGCACCGAAUGUACAAGGUCUUUUAUACAAAAAUACCACCUCAAGGAACACAUCCGUACGCACACAGGAGAACGACCCUACCAAUGCUAUCACUGCUCAAAAACCUUCACGCAGGAAUCUACUUUUAAAAAACACAUUCGUACGCAACACGGGACGAUUCCACCACUGCUCAAUGUCAAUUAAAAUGACUCAAAGUGUACUCAAAGUACGCUCCGCACACAUACGGGGGAGCGUCCUUAUAAGUGCCACCAUUGCUCAUAGACUUUUGGAUACCAAAGACACCUAUGUAUGUCUUACUCAUCGCUUCGAGAACAUAUCAGUAAGAACUCUGGAAGAUAUGAUUGCUCCUAUUGGAGAACAUCUUUAAGUUCAAUUAUUUCCGCUAUCCUCUUUACUGUAACUUAUAAAUCAUAUAGGGCCGGUUACUCGACUUCGGUUAAUCGUCGUUAGAAUAAAGACUAGACUACCACAUAAA